UCAUCGAUAAAUGCCAUAUAUUGUCAUAAGCAACAACUGAUAUUUCUUGGGAACCUUAGUCGGUCACUUGAUCUUGUUUAAAGAACGCAAAGGACAGAUUAUAAAGUCAUCACGAUUAUACAGCCAAGGACGGGAUAUACCUCCUCAGCCAUUUAGUUGAACCAACCCCCUAUAUAUUCUCUUUCGCCCUUUUACCACAUUCAUGGUGUCUUACUCCACGCAUUCCUCAUCUCUACAUAAGCCGAGCCCUUAUAACGAAAGUCCUCGAAAAAUGGCGAGAUUCCGUCCAAGCAAUAUCCUCGGCGACCCGUUCGCGCUUGCAACGAUCUCCAUUUCGAUACUGGCAUGGGUCAUUGCAUUCAUAUCGUCGAUUGUCUCGGCUAUUAAUGCCCGUGGCUAUCCUACCUAUUCGUGGUGGGGAGUCGCUUAUUCGCUUUGUAUUAUUCUUGGGAUGACGUUCGUAUUUGGCACGGACACCGGUUCCGUCUACAGUGUAGCUAUUGUGGGGUAUCUUUCCGCUGGUAUGGUAAUCACAACACUUGGUGUGAAUUCGUUGGUAUAUCGCAGUGAUUCUGCGUCGCAAGCUGCAGGUGCCGGAUUUAUCCUCAUGUCUAUGGUGAUAGUUAUCUGGAUAUUCUAUUUCGGAUCAACGCCGCAAGCCUCACAUCGUGGAUUCAUUGAUUCGUUCGCUCUUCAGAAGGAACAUGCCGGAGCAUAUGGAAACGGCAGGCCCAUGUCUACGGCUUUCGGAAACCGACCUGAAACGACUUCCAGUCAGGCACCUCAAAUGUAUACAUCGGCACAGCUCAAUGGUUUUGAGACGUCAUCGCCCGUAUCGGGCUACCCAGGUGGUGCCCCUGGUUCGGAAAACCGCAGCUCAUCGCAACCUCGAUUUGGCAAUCCUUCGAACGCCAACUUGCCUGGCAAUAGCAACGAGAACGAGGUUCCUCAACCAACCGAAUACCCGUACCGGGCAAAGGCAAUCUAUUCGUAUGAUGCCAACCCAGAAGACGCCAAUGAGAUCAGCUUUACCAAACAUGAGAUAUUGGAAGUGUCCGAUGUUAGCGGCAGGUGGUGGCAGGCCAGGAAAUCCAAUGGAGACACAGGUAUUGCUCCAUCGAAUUAUUUGAUCUUGUUGUGAUCUGGAUGGAUCUUCCCUGUGUAACGCUUUCUUUCUUCUCUUUUUGGUUUUUUCAUGGUCCUCGCCAUU